UUGUAUGGGGCGUGACCGUUCUUCUUUGAUUUGCCUGCCUGUCACUCCUGUCAGUCGGGUCGGCAGUCGUGCAAGUUUCUGCAUCUGCAUGUUCACCCGUAUUGAUAAAGAUUUUUAUAAUGGUGAGGGGCCGCCGGAACCCGAACCAGACCCAGUGCUUGAUUAUUUAGGACCCACAGUGAUUAAUAUUCUUUACGCGCAAUGUUUUGUUAUCUUAGCCUUCAUUCUGUUCUGGUAAUCUCUUUAGUUAGUUCCUAUGUUGCCGCAUCCGAAACUAUCUUGAAAUGGCCGACUGUGGGCAUUUCAAUUCUUGUGCGGAACAAAGCCCACACUCUACCUUAUUUCCUAAGUUGUUUGUAUAAUUUGGAUUACCCCAAGGACCGCAUCUACAUCUGGAUAAGCAGUGAUCACAAUGAGGAUGAUAGCGAUAAGAUUCUUGACAAAUGGGUCGAGCAGUAUGGUCUAGAAUACAAUGGCGUACAUCUAUCUAUGAACAGCUCCACCUCAGGAAAAUUGUUUCCUGAUGAGGUGCGGUCCACUCACUGGAGUGAACAACGCUUUGCGCACGUUAUAGACCUAAGAGAAGAAGCACUGGACUACAUGCGGAAGAUAUGGGCGGAUUACAUAUUUAUGCUUGAUGCCGACGUGUUUCUUACCAACAAGGAUACGCUUAAAAUUCUGGUGAAAAAAGACCUCACCAUUGUAGCUCCUAUGCUCAUCUCAGACGGCAGCUACUCAAACUUUUGGUGCGGUAUGUCGGAUGAUUUCUACUAUAAGCGCACGGAGGACUACACGCCGAUCUUGGAGCGGGCCACGCAGGGGUGCUUCGCCGUGCCGAUGGUGCACUCGGCGCUGCUGGUGCACCUGGAGAAGCAGGUGUCCGACGCGCUCUCCUACCGCCCCGCCCGCUACGACGGUCCGCUUGAUGACAUCAUCGCGUUCGCGGUGAACGCCAACAACCACAGCAUCGCCAUGCACAUCUGCAACGACCACGAGUACGGGUUAGUGCCGGUGCCGGCGUCGGACACCGACGACGCCGACGACGAGCGCGAGCUGACGGUCAACGUGAAGCUGCUGGCCCUAGGGCGCCACUCGCCGCUGCCGCUGGAUCCUCUGCUGGCCGGCUUCGUGCGCCGCCCGCCGCCGGCCCGGCUCGGCUGCUGCGAAAUAUUCAUGAUCAACCUGGAGCGCCGUCCCGAGCGACGCCGCCUCAUGGAGCUCAGCUUCAAGGAGCUCGGAAUGGACGUCACGCUGAUCAAGGCUGUCGAUGGAAGAACCCUGGACAUGAAUGACCUGCGCAAGCACAAGAUCAAGCUCAUGCCGGGCUACGAAGAUCCCUACCACAAACGGCCCAUGAAGGCGGGUGAGAUCGGGUGCUUUUUGAGCCACUACAUGAUUUGGAACCAGGUGGUGUCGGAGCAGCUGGAGGUGGUGCUGGUGCUCGAGGACGACAUCCACUUCGUCGCGCACUUUCGUCAGCGGUUCGCGCUGCUCAUGGAGGAGCUAAAGACGGUUGAUUGGGAUCUGGUUUACAUCGGGCGCAAGAUCCUGCAGAACGGCGAGGAGUCGUACGUGACGCAGCACACGACGCGUCCGCGCUACUCGUACUGGACGCUGGGCUACCUGCUCAGCCGGCGCGGCGCCGCCAAGCUGCUGGCCGCGCAGCCGCUGGCGCGCGUGCUGCCCGUGGACGAGUUCCUGCCCAUCAUGUUCGACCAGCACCCCAACGCGACGUGGAAGGCUCAUUUCCCGCGGCGGGACCUGGUGGCGCUAUCGGCGGCGCCGCUGCUGGUGCACCCGACGCACUACACCGGGCAGGAUGGCUACAUCAGCGACACCGAGGACUCGCCGGUACUGCCCGCUCGCAAGCUGCGAGCCGAGCUGUAGCCGCGUCGGCGUGAUCCCAACGGGCGAGUUGGCUUCGAUGCGAGACAGUAUUGACAACAGGGAUGUUAUGGAUAUGAAGUUUCGGUUAUGGAUACGGCUGCGGAUAUUAAAAUAAUGUACCGGUUACGGUUACGGAUAGUAAAUCAUUUCGGAUUAUCCGAAAGUUUCGGAUAAUUUCGGUUACGGAUAUUAGAAUUUUAAAGGGGUUAAAUUAAAAUGGAACGUGCUGCUCGACACUCUAUGUGCUAUGACGGUACCUGUGUUGAUAUCAGAAUGGUGCCAGGGGAUGCCAGACAAGUAACAAAUAUUGAAAAUAUUAAGAUUUAGACUCCGCCUUUACCAGAAACUAUCCAAAACUUUUGAAUCGGUUCCGGUUACGGUUACGGAUAUUUUUUUAUUUCGGAUAUCUGAUAGUUUCGGUUACGGUUACGGAUAUCCAUAACAUCCAACAAUGAUUGACAACACUGACUCAAAUUAAAAUCAACUUCUAUUUUACGUUACAUUCCUCGUUUUGAUAUGAUUUCAAAAUCGAUCGAUUUUAUCCGAUUUCUUUAUGAAUCUCAUUAUCAUUGUCGUUUUUAUAUAUCUUUUACACUUUUUGCAUCGUUCCCUUGUUGGGAAUGAUGAAGCUGGGCCUAUCAAGCCAAGGCACCCCUAUUCUGCUCUCGAGCACUAUUAGACGUAAGUUUGUCCUGAUAUUGAAGUCUUGUAUGUAGAUAACAACGUCCAGCGAUUCGAAAUAUUUGUUAGACAAAUCUUUCAAAUUGGCAAGAUCGUUUAAUUUUUCAUCCUAAUACAUGAACUAAAUAUCAAAUUACUUCAAAAUUUUUUCGAAUUUUGUAACAAUAAAUGACGCAGGUAUGUAAUGGCCCGCGAGGGACUCUUGUAUUAGGUAAAAUCUUGACUGUUUUCGGUCUAUAUAUUUUUCAUUGUAUUUAUAACGGGUAACUUC